AUUCUUCAAGCAACCACCGAAAGUACGUGGUGCGUGCGGAGCAGAAAAAUUUAAUAGUGUUAAGUAAUUUAUUAAGUUUACAUUCACAAAAUGAGGGAAAUCGUGCAUAUUCAAGCUGGACAGUGCGGCAACCAGAUCGGAGCUAAGUUCUGGGAGAUCAUCUCUGAUGAACACGGCAUUGAUCCCACCGGCGCCUACCAUGGCGACUCUGACUUGCAGCUGGAGCGCAUCAACGUCUACUACAAUGAGGCCUCCGGCGGCAAAUACGUCCCCAGAGCCAUCCUUGUGGACCUCGAGCCAGGCACCAUGGACUCUGUCCGCUCGGGACCCUUCGGACAGAUUUUCCGCCCCGACAAUUUUGUCUUCGGACAAUCUGGAGCCGGUAACAACUGGGCUAAGGGGCACUACACCGAGGGCGCCGAACUAGUCGAUUCAGUCUUAGAUGUUGUUCGCAAGGAGGCAGAGUCAUGCGAUUGCCUCCAGGGAUUCCAACUCACACACUCGCUCGGUGGCGGCACCGGAUCCGGCAUGGGCACACUUCUCAUUUCUAAAAUCAGAGAGGAGUACCCCGACAGAAUUAUGAACACAUACUCCGUUGUACCCUCCCCCAAAGUAUCAGACACAGUAGUCGAACCUUACAAUGCCACACUCUCAGUCCAUCAGCUAGUCGAAAACACCGAUGAAACCUAUUGUAUUGACAACGAGGCUUUAUACGACAUCUGCUUCCGCACGCUCAAAUUAUCCACACCCACGUACGGCGACCUGAACCACCUCGUGUCGCUCACUAUGUCCGGCGUCACUACCUGCCUGCGAUUCCCCGGUCAACUGAAUGCGGAUCUCCGUAAACUGGCCGUCAACAUGGUUCCCUUCCCGCGACUUCACUUCUUCAUGCCCGGUUUCGCGCCACUCACAUCCCGCGGCAGCCAGCAGUACCGUGCACUCACCGUACCCGAACUCACCCAGCAGAUGUUCGACGCCAAGAACAUGAUGGCAGCAUGCGACCCGCGCCACGGCCGCUACCUGACCGUUGCCGCCAUCUUCCGUGGUCGCAUGUCCAUGAAGGAGGUCGACGAACAGAUGCUUAACAUCCAAAACAAGAACUCCUCUUACUUUGUGGAAUGGAUUCCGAACAACGUGAAGACCGCCGUGUGCGAUAUCCCGCCGCGUGGCCUCAAGAUGGCCGCCACCUUCAUCGGCAACUCUACUGCUAUCCAGGAGCUGUUCAAGCGCAUCUCAGAACAGUUCACCGCUAUGUUCAGGCGCAAGGCUUUCUUGCAUUGGUACACCGGCGAGGGCAUGGACGAGAUGGAGUUCACCGAGGCCGAAAGCAACAUGAACGACUUGGUAUCCGAGUACCAGCAGUACCAGGAGGCCACCGCCGACGAGGAUGCGGAGUUCGAUGAGGAGCAAGAGCAAGAAAUCGAGGACAAUUAACCACCCAAAUUUAUCUCUGACGUCACACUGACCAACGCGUCCUGGCUCUCAGGUCGCCAGCAUUUAGCUUCUUAGUACUUUGUUACAUAAAAAUUUCUGACAUAAUUGCGUUUCAAACCCCUGGGCGGCCCAUAGACGUUGAUGUUCGGUAGCAUGAAUUGCGUUUACAUUCCCAGUGUUUUCCUUGAGAAGGGCGCUCUCGGAUGUUUAUUGGCAUAAACAGACCAUCACAAGACGCGCGAUCCCUUCGACCGACCA